ACAGGAAGAUCACACCAUCCCUCACCAUCAUCAGGGGGUAGAAGUCAUUGAUAUGAAAAUUGAGGUUAAAGAGGAAGACGAGACGUAUAAGAGAGGAAACCAGCUGUCUAUGAAAGAAGCUGAAAUGAUGGUAACAAUUACCAAGGAGGAAUCUUCUCGAGAUAUCAGCACAGGUGGGGGUGAUGGCUGGAAUAUCCCAAGAGGACAUCUUUUCGUGUCUCGAGAUUGUAAUGAAAAUAAUGGCAUAGCUCAAUAUUCUCCACAUAUACAUCACAAAUUUGACCAUUUGGAGAGAUCAACAGAUCGCUUUAGUUGUGAUGAAUCCAAAACUUUUAUUCCAAACAUCCCACCAAGCUGUAACAGUGCAAAUGGACUACUAGAUCCUUCUAAUCCUGGGGAAUCUUCUUCUAAUAUUGUGGAUACCGUUACAAAGAGAGACAAUGAGAUGCUUUUAUCAGAGUCUGUCCACAACACAAUAAUUCACGUGGUUCACAAGAAACUUCACGCUGGUGAAAAACCCUACAACUGUUUGAAGUGCGAAGCGUCUUUUGGCCUUCGAUCACAACUCACUGCCCACCAGAAAGUCCACUAUGAGCAGAAACCCUACUCCUUUGUGACUAACCAAGAACUUAUUCUUCACCAGAGAGCACACACCAGGGAAAGGCCCUUCUCGUGUUCUGAGUGUGGAAAGUCUUUUACCGAUAAAUCGCAACUCAAUAGACAUCACAGAGUCCACACUGGAGAGAAGCCUUUUGUCUGUUCCGAGUGCGGAAAGGGCUUCUCCGAUAAAAGGAACUGCAUUAGGCACAUGAGAAGUCAUACCAGUGACAGACCACAUGACAGACCACAUGACAUGCCACAUUCCUGUUCAGAAUGUGGCAAAUGUUUUAAACUCAAAGGAGCACUAACUUCCCACCAAAUAUGUCAUCACCCCAACAUCAGAUUCUGUAGAUGAUUCAUAGGCUGAACUGAAUGAUGCAGUUCAAAAGGGUCAGUCCACCCAGCUGGUAGAUUCUACUUUUAGGUGCUUUGGUGUGAUCUGUUUUUGUUUUCACCUUUUACAAAAAGGUCUUCUCUGGUUUAUCAUUUAUUGCACAUUUUUCUUGUUGUAGUGUAGAGCUGUGGUGUACUAGUCUCCCCACCACCACCACCUUUUGUUGGUAAUCUAAUUAUCUAGGAUCCCUGACUUUCGACAAAUUACGUAGUACCCACAUACAACCACUGCAGGCAUCUUUUUCUACUGUCUCAUCAAGAUAAGAAUUCAGUGGGGAUGUCUCCAACAAGGACAGGAACAGUGGUGGGGGUCUCAACAUUGAAUGACAGCAAUAAAAUAAAGUUAUCAUUGCUAAAACAUA